CGCAACACCAGAGCGCCGUACUGCUAAGAAAGAUUAGCAAUACCGACUGACUGUUGCGUUUCGAGUGAUUUUGGAUAGCAGCGUCUUAAAACAAUACCUAAUUAUUCGCGUGGUUUUUCUAGUUGUAGUUUUUUGACACGACUGCGAAACUUCUCCGAGGCUGUCAGUGCGGGGAAAUGACAUGUCAACGCUUUUUAACCUCAUGCCUGAAUUCCUGCGAGUGAAGUCGACUGCAACGUCUGCUGUUGUUGCAGGACAGAGGAGAGAGUGAACAGCAGCCGCAGCCAACUGAAGUUUACAGUUUCCUCGAGAACAAAGGGACGCGUCUUGUUUUCGGAUUAUCAUUCGACGCCACGAUACAGUUUAAAUACCCCAAAGAGAUUUAACAUGCGAGACUUACUCGUCCACUGUGCCUGUAUUGUAAAAGGACAUGGACCAGGGGAAGAACCAUCUAUGUAGUUAAGUUUCCGACCUCCACUUCAUCAAGCCACUUCGUCUCAUUUGAUCAGGCCAACUAAAUGUAAAGGAUCAUUUGUGUCAACGAGCCAUUUAAGCUGCCAUGGAUGUCUUUCCCCGGCCAAGUGGCGAAAUCCAGAGAAGGAACCCACAGCAGGAUUUUGAGCUCAUUCAGCGGGUGGGAAGUGGCACAUAUGGAGACGUGUACAAGGCUCGAAACAUACAAACAGGAGAGCUUGCUGCUGUAAAGAUUAUUAAGUUGGAACCAGGGGAUGACUUUUCCAUCAUACAGCAGGAAAUCUUCAUGGUGAAGGAAUGCAUGCACCACAACAUUGUGGCCUACUUUGGGAGCUACCUCUGUCGAGAGAAGCUUUGGAUAUGUAUGGAGUACUGCGGUGGAGGAUCUCUGCAGGACAUUUAUCAUGUGACAGGACCUCUUUCAGAGCUUCAGAUAGCCUAUGUCUGCAGAGAGACCUUACAGGGUUUGGGAUAUCUGCACACCAAAGGCAAGAUGCACCGUGACAUCAAGGGUGCCAACAUCCUUCUGACAGACAAUGGAGAUGUGAAGUUAGCUGACUUUGGAGUUGCGGCCAAAAUAACUGCCACCAUUGCCAAAAGGAAGUCCUUCAUCGGGACACCUUAUUGGAUGGCUCCGGAAGUAGCAGCAGUUGAGAAGAACGGUGGCUACAACCAGCUGUGUGAUAUCUGGGCGGUCGGCAUCACGUCCAUAGAGCUGGCUGAGCUGCAGCCCCCCAUGUUUGACCUACACCCGAUGAGGGCCUUGUUUUUGAUGUCAAAGAGCAGCUUUCAGCCUCCCAAGCUAAAAGACAAAACCAAGUGGUCAGCGGCCUUCCAUAACUUUGUCAAAGUGUCUCUGACAAAGAACCCAAAGAAGAGGCCCACUGCAGAGAAGCUUCUAUCACAUGUGUUUGUGGCCCAGACGGGUUUGACACGGAGGCUCGCGGUUGACCUCCUGGAUAAGAUGAACAACCCAGACAACCACCAGCAUUACAACGAGGUGGACGAUGAUGACCUUGAGCCUCUCUCUGCAGUCAGACACACAAUCCGCUCCAUCAACAAGCAAGCGCGAGCUGAGAGGACGCGAUCAGAGAUAAACUCAAACAAUGGGACAGACCAUGGAGGGCGAUGCUCAAGUCCUAGCUUCAUUGAGGGACACAGGGGGUACGCAGUCGACAAGGUCCAGUUUGAACCUCCACUCCGGAAAGAAACCGAGGCUCAUUCUGAAAUGGAUGUGAGUAAAGACAAUGACUUCUCUUCCCCCUGGAGUCCCUUUGCUGAGGGAGGAAUAACAACCAGGAGUCUUCUCAAAAGCGUUGAGGAGGAAUUGUUCAUACGGGGACACAUUGCUCAUCUGGAAGAUGCCUUUGAGGAAGUAGAGCUGUCAACCCUCAAGCCAGGGAUUCCUCCGCCUCUGCCUCCAAAGCCACGACUGAACAGCUCAUCAGAUGAGGUUGGCCUUAAUGACGAGAGGUGUCUGACAGUGCGAAGGUUCCCCAACUCAGAGAACGGGCCCAGCCAGGUGGCCCGCAGACAGAGCACACCUGAGCAGGGCAACAAGGAGCACUCGUCCCCAGAUUUCCUCUCUGCCAGUGUCAGCAGCCCCGGCCUUCUCUCUCAUUCCUCUGAUCCUGCUCUCAGUAAAUCUACAUGUGAAGAUAAUGAUUCAGAUGGCAGUAUGAAUGGAGGCAGUCCCAAGCCACCACCCAACCGACCUCAUCGUAAGGAGAAAAAGGAGUUCCCUAAACCAGCUAUCAAUGGCCUACCACCCACUCCGAAAGUACUGAUGGGAGCCUGUUUCUCGAAGGUGUUUGAUGGCUGCCCACUGAAGAUCAACUGUGCCACAUCAUGGAUUCAUCCAGACACCAAAGACCAAUACCUGAUCUUUGGGACCGAGGAUGGCAUUUAUACGCUGAAUCUGAAUGAGCUACAUGAGGCCACAAUGGAGCAACUGUUCCCAAGGAAGUGUACAUGGCUCUACAUUAUCAACAAUAACCUGAUGUCUUUAUCAGAAGGGAAAACCUUCCAGCUGUACUCCCACAACCUCAUCGGGCUGUUUGAGCAGCUGAAGAAGCCCGGCCUGGCUGCUCAGUUCCAGACGCAUCGCUUCCCAGACAAAAUUUUACCCAGGAGAUUUGCCUUGACAACUAAGAUCCCGGACACAAAGGGCUGUCACAAGUGCUGCAUUGUGAGAAACCCAUACACAGGCCACAAAUAUCUGUGUGGAGCGCUGCAGUCUGGGAUUGUCCUGCUGCAGUGGUAUGAGCCCAUGCAGAGGUUUAUGCUCAUCAAGCACUUUGACUUCCCCCUCCCCAGCCCACUGAAGGUAUUUGAGAUGCUGGUGGUCCCAGAGCAGGAGUACCCCAUGGUGUGUGUGGCCAUCAGCCAGGGCACAGAGCCCGGCCAGGUGGUCCGCUUUGAGACCAUCAACCUCAACUCCUGCUCCUCGUGGUUCACAGAGAUGGGAACAAGUAAUCAACAGGUAGAUGCAAUCCAUGUGACCCAGCUGGAGAGAGACACAGUGCUGGUGUGUUUGGACCAAAAUUUGAAGAUUGUGAAUCUCCAGGGUAAAUUGAAGUCCAAUAAAAAGCUAGCAUCUGAGCUCAGCUUUGAUUUCUGCAUUGGAUCUGUUGUGUGCCUUCAGGACAGCGUCUUGGCCUUCUGGAAACAUGGAAUGCAGGGAAAGAGCUUCAAGUCCAAUGAGGUGACCCAAGAGAUUUCUGAUCCAAGCAGAGUCUUCCGCCUCCUUGGAUCUGACAGGGUCGUCGUCUUGGAGAGCCGGCCAACAGACAACCCCACGGCCCUGAGCAACCUCUACAUUUUAGCAGGUCAUGAGAACAGUUACUGAUCCCUGUCCCAAAGACUGGAAGACUCCCAGAUAUGUGGAUAGGAUGCCUCACUUUGGGAGAGUUACAAAUAAAGCCUUUUCAUCAAAGAAAGCUUGCAUCAAGGGAAACAACUGGCUUGAAAACUGUUUUUGGGAGUUUUUGUUACUGAUCACAGGAUCCACAGGUCAGUCAAAGAGGACAAACGAUUUCGUCGAGCAAUACCCUCUUGGGUCUGGAUCUAUAAGUAGCCUUACACCAGCACCACCUUCACUGCAGCCCUGCUCGUCACGGGCAGAGCUCACCAACUCGUCUUGAGCAGGAUGUGCAGAAACAGAAGCUCAAGUGAACAUUGUUACCCAGCCUCCUCCCUACUUUUCUGCAGAUUGUGGACUGUUAGAAAUGAGGUAUCUAGAGGUGUUAUUGAAAAAGUGCCAUUAAAAUUCACAAGGAAUUUGUGAUAGUGUUAGCAAACAACGGGAGAUUUUUAUGUCGGAGUCUUAAAGGUUUUUGCCGCUGAUGGUGGCCGCCAGCGGCAGACGUCAUCAGGCUCAACGGGAGAAGAUGUACAAAGCUCUAUACUAAUAGAUCUGUUUAAACAGAAACCCAUGCUCCACGUGGGUUAUUUAAUCAUUAUUUAUUAAUCUCUAAGCAAUAGGGCAUGUUGGAUUUACACGCCAUGUUAACAGACAGCGACAGACAGGUGCAGUCCUGCUGUGAACGGGACUUCCAGCUCCGAAUAGGAUUAACUACCUAGUGAACAGUUCCUGAGCAGCUUUGGGUUAUUUUUACCGCAAUGUAAUAUAGUCACAUCGCUCCUGCUCUGCUGCAUUUUUAGAAGUUGAAUAUAGUGUAAAAUGUUUUUUUUCCUUUACCCCUUAUUUUAUAGACCUUUUACUUCUCAUUAUUUGCACCGUGUAAGCACUUUUGUACAUUGUUUUUUUAUUUAAAAUGACAAAAUAAGGGACAAUGCUUGGUUUUGAUAACAUCUUUGCAUUCCCUUCGCAAAACUUUUAAAUGUAUGCUGUUUUGUAAUAAAAAAGGCUAUUGUUAACAAUAUGA